CCUCCUCUGUGUUGCCCCACGGAGCCCUUAGCAGCACCUCUUCUCCCAUUUCUCUAGUACUAAUGGUGGGAUAAGAUCAAUUCAAAGACAGAGGAUUGUGCAUGGAAUCUCCUAUCCAUCAAUUUGAAUAAUCUUGCAAGGAAGUGUUGCUGAUUGCAUCAGAGCAAUCACUUAUUAUAUUGCUGUUCACCUAGUGCUUGGAGUUUUGACUGACAUUUCUAAUGACCUGGACAGGAUUUCCUGAUGGAUAAACUGUAGAUUGACAGCAUUUCAUUCAGAGUCAUUUCUAUAGCCCAUGGCGUUCUAGAAAACUCCUGUGAAACUCUUCCUUUUCAGUAACUGCACCACAACAGUGCCAACAAAAUGCAGAAGCAAGUGGAAAUCAGAAUGCAUGAGAAUCAUCUGGACCCUUCUCCACUACCUGAAGAGUCCAUGUGUGGAGGCUUCUGUGACAAAAUCAUGAAGAAUCUGAUACUCGUGCUCACAGUUCUUGGUGUGAUCAUUGGUUCAGUAGCUGGUAUUCUACUGCGGUAUGCAUCCCCACUCCCCGCUGAUGUCAUUAUGGUCAUUGCCUUCCCAGGUGACAUUCUCAUGAGGAUGUUAAAAAUGGUGAUUUUGCCUCUGAUCAUCUCAAGUUUGAUCACAGGAUUAGCAGGGUUGGAUGCCAAGUCCAGUGGUCGUCUAGGCACAAGGGCUAUGGUGUAUUACAUGUCUACCACCAUCAUUGCAGCUGUGCUGGGGGUCAUCUUGGUGCUCCUUAUCCACCCUGGAAACCCCAAACUGAAGGCAAACCUCGGUGAGGGGAAAAAGAACGAUGAAGUGUCCAGUUUAGAUGCCUUCUUUGAUCUCAUCAGAAAUCUGUUUCCAGAAAAUCUCGUUCAGGCUUGUUUUCAGCAGAUCCAGACUGUUACUAACAAGGUAGAAGUAGGUCCUCCUCCAAAUCCAAAUCGGUUUGGACGAAAUGCAACUAAAAGCGCAGCAAAAUAUGUGAUUAAGAAGUCUCUUCAAUUCAAGAGUGGCAUGAAUGUUUUAGGUCUCAUUGGGUUCUUUGUGGCUUUCGGGAUUUGCAUGGGAAAGAUGGGAGAAAGGGCCAAGCUGAUGCUUGAGUUCUUCAACGUCCUCAACGAGAUCGUUAUGAAGCUUGUCGGCAUGAUCAUGUGGUAUUCCCCCAUCGGUAUUGCGUGUUUGAUCUGUGGCAAGAUCAUUUCAAUUAAUGAUUUGGAAAUGGUGGCCAAGCAGCUGGGAAUGUACAUGGUCACUGUCAUCGUUGGACUUAUUAUUCAUGGAGGCAUAUUCCUUCCAUUAAUAUAUUUUAUUUUUGUACGGAAAAACCCAUUCACGUUCUUCAUGGGAAUUUUCCAGGCAUGGGUCACCGCUUUAGGAACAGCUUCGAGUGCUGGGACAUUACCUGUUACUUUCCGCUGUCUGGAGGAAAAUCUGGGCAUCGACAAGAGAGUGACUCGUUUUGUAUUACCUGUUGGAGCCACAAUCAACAUGGAUGGUACAGCGCUUUAUGAGGCUGUAGCGGCCAUCUUUAUCGCCCAGAUGAAUGGAAUAGAACUUGAUCCUGGUCAGAUUGUGACAGUCAGCCUUACGGCGACUCUCGCUAGCGUAGGAGCAGCCAGUAUUCCCAGUGCUGGCCUGGUGACGAUGCUUCUGAUCUUGACUGCUGUGGGUCUACCGACUCAAGACAUCAGUUUACUGGUAGCAGUUGACUGGCUGCUUGAUCGUUUUCGAACAUCAGUCAAUGUCGUUGGUGACUCGUACGGGGCGGGAAUCGUGUACCACCUCUCCAAAGAUGAGCUUGACCUGUUCGAUGCACAGCAGAUAAGGCCAGAUGACUUUGAGAUGGCCAAGACACAAUCCUUUUUUGAGAAUAACAGUAACCACGGUGUAUAUGCAUCUCACAACUCCUAUCAGCCGGUCCAAAUAGAUGACUGCAAGGUAACCUUGGCCUCAAAUGGCUCCCCUGCGGACUUCUCACUUGUUGAGGAGGAACCAUGGAUACGCGAGUAACACAGCACACAGAUCCAGCUCCGCCUUAUCCUGAGUCCCACAAGCUUAUCCUUUCUGGUGAAAACCAAAUGCUAAUUUUGUACAUAUAAACAGUCAGAAGUUACCACAGAAAAUUUCAUAUACACAAGCAUUGACUUUUGUAUGACAAUCUCAGUACAUUUGAUGCACAAAGGGAAGAGAGCAUAGCUCAAAGUAGUGAGUGGUUCAGUUGGGAUAGAGGACAGGCUACAUUUUGAGCUGUUAUUAUUUACACUCAAGGAUUACGAUAGUUAGAAUUCUAGGCCUUGGGUUUGAGGAUUGGUCUGAAACCUGCUGCCUUAAGGCUUCCGCAUAGAAGGAUCGCAAUGGUUUGUCCAGCCCCAGAUUGACCCUAGACCACUACUAGUGGCAGGAGGAGAGAAGUGCAGCUUGUUUGCUGAAGAUACCUUUGACUGGCUCGGCUUAGGUGGAUUAACCCUUGGUGGCAGCACUCCAGAUCAGCCUCUUAUAAGAGCUUACCAAUGUACUUAGAGGUUCUGAAAUAGUGGUUUGCCUCCAAAUGCUGCCAAUUAUUUUUAGACGCUGUCCAACGUAAAUGCCACGUCAGCAAUUACAGAGCGAUCAGUCAUGAAGUAUGACAUUGAGUCAAUUGACGUUAUCUGCAAGGACUGUUGGGUUUAAUAUCCUGCAUAGUGGACUGAAUAGUUUUCAUUCAGACUUUAAUAAGUCUCCAUGCGUGUUUAUGUUUGAGGGAAGGGACUUGCAUGUGUGUAGGUUUUGUAUGUAUCUGUGUGCUUUGUUAAGUUGUCGAUUUAUUUAUGUGUUUAUUUGCUAAGUUACAAUCUUGCCUUGAAGAUUUCAACUGCAAACUGCAGACAGAAGACUUUAUGACAUUAAUAUUAAAUGCAAUCCCGUUUUCUUGGAUCUUAGACCAGUAAUAAUGUUUCAUUCUCUGAGGAGCCUUCUUGGAUACACAGAUAUUAUGUCCAGUUGAAUGGAUUCUAUAUUCACGCUGAUAAGAGAGGCCCUCAAGUUAUUUGGUGCUCAGGUUGUUAGCAUGUAACAGAAAAGAGAUGACCGGACUGAGAUCUAUCAUUACAUUUGCACCAUAUAUUUGGUAGUCUGUUAUUACUUUCAUAGCAACACGAACAUUCAGCAUAUUCAGCAGAUUCUCUUUUGUACCAGAAUCUUAAAUUGUUCUCAUUAAAGUGCCUCCUUGCACUUUCUGUAUACAAAUAAAUACACAUAUGUAUGUGGUUCUAUUUUAGAUAUAUUUUUCUUUACUUUUUGCCUAUUGUUUUAUAAAACAAUGGCAAUCCAUGUAUUCAAUUCCGUAUUUUACUAGGUAGAUUAGAAUGUAACAGGUUGUCUUAAGUAGUUAUUGCUAUAAUACAGUACAAGUCACAGGGAGCUUGCAUUCAUGAUGAUAUUGUAUCUCAAAUAUUGUAUUGUUAAACAUUCUGGAAGGAAUAAUGACACUAGGGGAAAAAGUCAAAUUACUAAUCAUUUUAAACCAGGCUUGUUACAGAUUUAACAGCCUUGUAGAGUACAGACAUCUUGAGUAUGUAUCUUAAGGAAGUGAUACACAACCUAGAUACAGUAUCUAUAAUGUAAAAGUGUGCACUGUUGGAAUAUCUGUUCAGGCAGGGCCUGACACAUAUGUAGAGGUACAGUGAUUUAUGUUAACAAAUAUUGUAUGAUCAUCCUGCUUUUUUUAAUUUUUGCAGCCCUGUUUGGUUUCAAAGAUAUUGUAUUACUUGUCUACCAAACUUGAUUUUGCAUCCACUUUUUAAAUUUGUCUUUUUCCUCUAUUUUUCUAUGAAACACCUGUAACAAAAUGUAAAUAAAGUCAAUGCUUCUUGUCUCA